AUGUUGGCCAUAGAUGGGAAAAACAAGGACACGUACAAAGCACGUGAUGAUUUGCAAGAAAUGGGCAUAAGGCAAGAAUUGCAUCUACAGAGGAAAGAUAACGGAUUCGUUGUAAAGCCUCAGGCAGCCUACACAUUGGAUUCUCGACAAAUAGAUGGUUUUUGUGAAUUCUUGAAGUCGAUUAGUUAUCCAGAUGGCUAUGCAGCAAACAUCUCAAGAUGUGUGACUUCUAAAAAUGAAAGAUUAUCUGGCAUGAAAAGCCAUGAUUGUCAUGUCCUACUUCAGCGACUUCUACCAAUUGGCAUGCAUGGUUUUGUGAACAAGGAGAUCUACAUGGACAGGAGUUGGAUGUUAAUUUCUGAUAGAUUCAGUCAGCCAUAUGUAGAUGGGGUGAACUCAUUUAUUGAAUUUGCAAAGGCUCAUUUGGGUGAGGCUAGAGAGAUUAAGUGCCCAUGCAUCAAUUGUUGUAACUUUUAUAAGCAGGAGUAUGAUAGUGUGAAGGCUCAUUUGCUCAUAAGUGGGAUGAUAGUAUCAUACACCACUUGGUUAGAACACGGUGAACUUCCAGAACACAAUAACCUUGAUGAAAGCAAUGGUGAGAAUGAUGAGGAUGAAGAUGAAUAUGAUGAACUGAUAGAGGACUAUCAGAGGGGGAAUUUUAUGGAGGGUGAUACUCUAGAAAGAGAGGAUGUACGACAUUUUGAUAAAUUGCUAGAUGCUUCCCAAUGUUGCUUGUACCCAGGUUGCAAAAACUCGGAUACUUUGUUAUCAUUCGUUAUUCAGAUGCUACAUGUGAAGGUAGAAAAUAGGUGGAGUAAUAAGUCUUUUGACAAGGUUUUGGAGAUACAAAGGCGAUUCUUACCAGAAGGCCACGUGGUGCCAGGGUCAAUUUACGAGUGCAAGAAGUUGCUAUGUGACUUGGGCUUGGGGUACGAGCUCAUCGAUGCAUGUAAACAUGAUUGUGUACUAUUCUGGAAGGAGAAUGCUCACUUGGAAAAAUGUCCCACAUGUCAAGCAUCUAGGUACAGAGUAAAUGAUAGCAAGGGUAAGAAGAUCCCUCACAAGAUAUUGCGUUACUUCCCAUUGACACCUAGGUUGAGAAGAUUGUACAUGUCUAGGAAGACGGCAAAAGACAUGAGAUGGCAUAGUGAUAAGCGUGUGGAUGAUGGUGUAGGGAGGCAUCCGGCUGAUUGUAAAGAGUGGAAGGAAUUUGAUUUGCAUUAUCCAGAGUUUGCCCAGGACACUCGGAAUGUUAGGUUGGGCCUAGCCACCGAUGGGUUCAACCCUUUUGGGAACAUGAGCACUUCCUAUAGCAUGUGGCCUGUCAUACUCAUGCCCUAUAACCUCCCACCUUGGAGAUGGACUGAUAUUGAUGUCUACCUAAGGCCAUUGAUUGAUGAGUUGAAGGAGUUGUGGGAGAAUAGUGUGAUGACUUACGAUGCCUCCAUUGAACAGACCUUCCGGAUGCAUGCAGCUGUAAUGUGGACCAUAAAUGACUUCCCUGCAUAUGGUGACUUAUCCGGAUGGAGAACUAAAGGUUAUUUGUCUUGCCCUCCUUGUAAUGAUAAUCCAUUGUCACACGGGUUGAUUAGCAAGAUUGGGUGGGUGGGUCAUCGAGCUUACUUGCCUGAUAACCACCUUUGGAGGAAAGACAAGAAGUUUAAUGGUUUAACUGAGCUUAGAAAGAAAUCCUCGGAUUUACCGGUCGAAAAAGUAAUGGCUCAAUUGGAUCAAUUACGGGAAGUCAAGUUUGGAAAGGAUCCUACCAACAAGAAAAGACCACGAGAGUCUGAAGAAUUGAAUUGGACAAAGAAAAGCAUAAUGUGGGAGCUACCGUAUUGGAAGAAAUUAAACCUCCGACACAAUCUUGAUGUCAUGCACAUUGAGAAUAAUAUUUGUGAAAACUUUUACAGGACGAUGUUGGCCAUAGAUGGGAAAAACAAGGACACGUACAAAGCACGUGAUGAUUUGCAAGAAAUGGGCAUAAGGCAAGAAUUGCAUCUACAGAGGAAAGAUAACGGAUUCGUUGUAAAGCCUCAGGCAGCCUACACAUUGGAUUCUCGACAAAUAGAUGGUUUUUGUGAAUUCUUGAAGUCGAUUAGUUAUCCAGAUGGCUAUGCAGCAAACAUCUCAAGAUGUGUGACUUCUAAAAAUGAAAGAUUAUCGAGCAUGAAAAGCCAUGAUUGUCAUGUCCUACUUCAGCGACUUCUACCAAUUGGCAUGCGUGGUUUUGUGAACAAGGAGAUCUGUACAACACUAUUUGAGUUGGGCAACUUCUUCCAAGAACUGUGCUCAAAAACAUUAAGGUAG